AUGACGGUGGAAAGCGGCAUGGUGCUCCGCGACCUGAUCCAGGCCGCCGCCGAGGCAGGGCUCGCGCUGCCGCACUCGCCCUACUGGUCAGGGCUCACCAUCGGAGGCCUGCUGGCCACGGGCGCGCACGGCAGUUCGCUCAAGGGUAAGGGCGGCGCCGUGCACGAGUAUGUGGUUGGGAUGAGGAUCGUCACGCCGGCGCCCAAGAGCCAAGGGUUCGCGGUGGUACGGGAGCUCUGCGCCGACCAUCCCGACCUCGACGCGGCCAAGGUUUCCCUCGGCGUCCUGGGCGUCGUUUCCCAGGUUACACUGGCCUUGGAGCCGAUGUUCAAGCGGUCGGUGACGUUCGUGACACGCGAUGACUCUGACAUGGCAGAGCAGGCCGUUGUGUGGGGUGGCCUCCACGAAUUUGGCGAUAUGGUGUGGCUGCCACAGCAGCGCAAUGUGAUUUACCGCAAGGACAAUCGCGUGGCCAUCACGUCAGUGGGUAACGGCCUCAAUGACUACCUAGCCUUCCGCUCCACUGCGACGGCCGACCUCAUCAGCGGCAGAGUCAUGCAGGAGCUUCUCGAGAAGAAGAACAACACCGUCGCUCGGUGCAAGGAGGCACCCACGUCAGUAUCGUUGUUUGAGAAGGCAGCAUAUGGCACAAACAACGGCAGCUUAUUCAUGGGGUACCCAGUGGUAGGAUUCCAGCACCGCAUCCAAGCGUCCGGUUCGUGUCUCGACAGCCCAGAAGAUGCACUCCUCACCACGUGUCCGUGGGACCCCCGCAUCCGGGGAAUCUUCUUCUACAAUAAUGCCUACAUCAUCGCGCUCUCCAGGGUAUCAGCAUUCAUCGCCGACAUGAAGCAGCUCCGUAACAGCAACCCGAAGGCCUUCUGCGGAAUCGACGCCGGUUUGGGUAUUCUCCUCCGCUAUAUCAAGGCAUCUUCUGCCUACCUCGGCAAGCCGGAGGACUCGAUCGACUUUGAUAUUACCUACUACCGGAGUUACACCAAGGGUGAGCCCAAUCCAUACUCUGGUGUGCUCGACGAGCUCCAACAGAUGGCGCUACGCAAAUAUGGCGCCAUCCCUCACUGGGGCAAAAACCGCAACUUUGCCUUUGAAGGUGUCAUUGCCAAGUACCCCGAGGCCGACAAGUUCCUAGAGGUGAAGGGAAGGUACGAUCCUGAUGGGAUCUUCUCCAGCGAAUGGAGUGACCAGGUGCUCGGCAUUAAUGGGAGCUCGAUAAUUGUCGAGAAGGGUUGCGCCAUUGAGGGGCUUUGCAUCUGUUCAGAAGACUCGCAUUGUGCACCGGAGCAGGGUUACUACUGCCGCCCUGGGAAGGUGUACACGGAGGUUUAUGUGUGUCCCGUGGUGAUAAUAAGAAGUGUCCUAUGUGAAGCUGUUCCUUCGCCGGUAUGA